AUGACAGAGAUAAUUCCCAAAUCAAUGCAAGCAUGGCGUAAACACCGUGGGAAGAUGGAACCUAUAUGGGAGACCAUUCCCGUGCCGUCAUGUCCCCCAAACGGUGCCCUAAUAAAGCUUCUCUCAUCAGGAGUAUGUCGCUCCGACCACAACCUCCUCACCAAUGAAGUGCAGCCACACUGGUUUAAAGACUCAUUCACACUGGGCCACGAAGGCUGCGGACGCAUCAUUGAACUAGGUUCCGACAUCCCAGCCUCUCCGUACGCGGGGAAAUUCGCCAUUGGCGACGUGGUUGCUCUCCUCGCCGUUCCAGGAUGCGGGUCCCAAGAUGUAAACGAGUGCCCUGAGUGCGCGAGGGACCUGCCUCAGUUAUGCGAACGGGCGCAUCACUCAGGGAUAGGCGAGGAUGGUUUUUACGCUCCGUAUGCGGCCAUCUCGGUUCGGGGCCUUGUGAAGGUGCCUACUGGGGUCACCCCGAGUCAGGCAGCGGUCGCAACGGACGCGGUCACAACGGCUUACCAUGCUAUACAUAGGCGGGGUCAAGUCAAGAAGGGAGAGGUUGUAUUUUUGUUCGGGCUGGGAGGUUUAGGGUUCAAUGCUCUGCAAAUUUUGAGGGCGAUCGGCGCGCGGGUAUUGGUGAGUGAUGUUAAGCAAGAGAACCUGGAUGAUGCGAUGGAGAUAGGAGUGGACAAGGCGGAUGUGGUUCCCACUAGGAAAGAUGUGAGGGAUUGGGUAAGGGAGAAUGGAUGGGAAGGAAAGAUUGAUGUCAUUGCAGAUUUUGUUGGAAUGAAGCAAACCUUCAGCGAUGCACAACAUAUCGUGAGACGGGCGGGAAGAAUGCUGUGCGUGGGAACGUUGAGUCACGAUAACACGGUUCACAUGAAGGUUGGCAUCAGGAAGAGGCUAUCAAUCAUCUUCUCUUACGGGGGACAAGUGAGGGAUCUAGAAGAAGCAUUGGGCUUGAUUGCAGAAGGGGUGCUGAAUCCAAUGGUAGAAGAUGGGAAAAUAAAAGAUUUCCCCAGUGUACUGAAGGACUUAGAGGGUGGUAAGAUUAAAGGCAGAAUUUCACUUUUGCAUGACUGA